CGUUAAGUAAGUUCGUCGUUAGUAGUGUCGUCGUCGAUGCACUCGAUCAUGCCAAAUCCAGCCACACUGAUUCCUGAUUAUGUAUGUUAACUGUUAUGGUGGUUAUAAAACACCGUUUUGUUAACAUUUCAUUAAAUUCUGAAAAACCUAACCAAAAAGCAACACGAGUUAACCUUAUCUCGCAGAAAAUAAUCAGGUUUGAUAAACGUUAGAUCAUUACGCAUGGUGAAGUCAAAACACGAUCGAAGCACGCGAGUGCGUUCCAUUUGAUUUGUAUCGUAUUUAUUUAACAAUAAACGAAUAAAAUGAGGUACGCGCAACUUGUAAUGGGACCAGCUGGUAGUGGGAAGUCUACGUAUUGUUCUGUCAUGCAACAACAUGCAGCCAAUGAAGGGAAAGUGGUAGAAAUAGUAAAUUUAGAUCCAGCGGCAGAAUAUUUUGAUUACGAACCUCUAGUCGAUAUAAGAGAAUUAAUUCAGUUAGACGAUGCUAUGGAAGAUGUAGAAUUACAAUUUGGACCCAAUGGUGGUCUUGUGUUUUGCAUGGAGUAUUUAGUAGAGAAUUCAUCGUGGUUAGAGGAAAAAUUAGGAGACGUGGAUGAUGAUUACAUUAUUUUCGAUUGCCCGGGUCAGAUAGAAUUAUAUACACAUAUGACGGUCAUUCGUCAAUUGACAGUAAUAUUACAAAAUCUAAAUUUCCGUAUUUGUGGAAUAUUUUUGGUAGACAGUCAAUUUAUGAUCGAUGGAUCGAAAUUUUUAUCAGGCACCAUGGCUGCCCUUAGUGUAAUGAUUAAUUUAGAGUUACCACACGUUAAUAUUCUCAGUAAAAUGGAUUUAUUGUCAAAAAGUGCAAGAAAACAAUUAGAUAAGUAUUUAGAACCCGACCCGUACAGUUUAUUAGCAGGCAUGGAAACAGAUUUUUGGAAUGAAAAACAUAGAAAACUUACAGAGGCUAUAGGAAGACUGAUAGAUGACUAUAGUUUAGUACGUUUUUAUCCGUUACAUAUAAAAGACGAGGAGAGCGUCGCGGAUAUUAAAUUAACGAUCGACAAUAUUAUUCAGUAUGGAGAAGAUGCUGAUGUUAAAAUCAGAGAUUUUGAUGAGCCUGAUGAUGAUGAUAAAGAUAGAAAUUAG